AUGACGCAGGGGGCGUUGAUGGUGUGUGAAGAGAUGCUCAACACCGCCAUUGAUGAUCUUAUAAGGUCGUCCGACAAAGUGAACAAGAUCGAAAUGGGACGGCUGAGCUACAACAUCGCCGCCAUGAGGAACUGGCUCAGCGCAGCCGUCACGCACAAGGAGAAUUGCAUUGAUGAGCUCGAGACCACUGCAGGUGAGAUCGGUGAGAAGGUGAAGGCGAUGCUGGAGACUUCAAGCGAGUUGUUGAGCGGCUGUGGCUCAGAAUGUGACGGCAGCGGGCAGUUCAUGACCAUCAACGGCGCCCUCAAGAGCUUGCCCCAAAUGAGCGACGCACCGGUUGUGGUUUUGGUGAAAGCCGGUGUUUACAAGGAGUAUGUUGUGGUUCCCAAGGGAAUGAACAACGUUGCUCUCAUCGGAGACGAGCCGUUGGCCACCGUGAUCUCCGGCAGCAGGGGUAACGCUACUGAUUAUAGGACUUCUUACUCUGCAACUCUCACCAUCAGAGGAGAAGGGGACAUCGGGAUCGAGAACACCGCCCCGACAAACCAGGCCGUGGCGGUCCUAACCGCCGGCGACAAGGCCGUCUUCCACAACGUCCACAUCGACAGCCUCUACGCCAACUCGUACCGGCAGUUCUACCGCGACUGCCGCAUCAGAGGCACCGUGGACUUCAUCUUCGGCGACGCCGUGGCCGUCCUUCAGAACUGCACCAUCACGGUGCGCAAGCCCCUCCCCAAGCAGUACUGCACCAUCACCGCACGGAGAAGACCACCGUGA